CACACACAGACCGACCGACCGCUUACGAUCCAGCGCCGAUCAUCGCCAUCGAUGAGGAAGUGUCCUAAGCUGCUGUGUGGAGGGAAGUAGCGUCUCCUCUGUGUAGUUCCUGGAGGGAGCGUCGCGCAUCAAAACACGCGGACUGGUGAUAUCGUAAUGGGAAUUAUCGUGAUGUCAAGGGAAUAAUAUCAGUAAGCAUGUGCCUUAUUGGCACCAAAUCGGUGCUACUUCAGCGGUAAGGUUUUUUUGAGAGAAAGGAGGAGGAGGAGGAGGAGGGUAGACAGCCUGGCAGACAGGUGCGACUCCACACAGCCUGUUUCAUUUUCUCUCGGUCCUAUGAAGUAGUAGGAGCCAUGGAUACCCGCAAGGAAAACAAGGCAAGAAAAGCCAUGAAACCCAAAACGACGAAGCGAAAAGAGAAGAAAUACAAAACUGGGAAGUUUAUCAGGAGGAAGUCGCUGCGAUCUUUUGGGAAUUUCAUGGGAAGGAUCCUUAAAACUUUAGGCACUUUGGCGCACUUUGGCGACGCGGAACCACCGGACGCGGAGGACGACGACGGCGGCUUCGGGCAAGGCACUUCUGUGGGAUUCAAAGACGACUGCGUGCAGAGCUCCAGAGAGGGAACCGUGAAGAAGAGCUCCGCGGCGUCCUCUACUCACGGUUCAGUGAAAGACAGGCUGUCGUGGUGCUACGGCGACAAGACCCCCGGGGUGCUGGGGCUGAAGAACCACGGAAACACCUGUUUCAUGAACGCCGUGGUUCAGUGCCUGAGCAACACGGACCUCUUGGCCGAGUACCUCGGGCUGGAGCAGUACAAGUCUGACUUGGGCCACAGGAGGGUGAACGGGGAGGUGAGAGGCGAGGAGCCGCGGACCGCGAGAGGAGAGGUGACCGAGCAGCUGGCGUCGUUGGUUCGAGGGCUGUGGACCCUGGAGUACACCCCGCAGCUGUCUGUGGAGUUCAAGAGCAUAGUGGCCAAGUAUGGCACUCAGUUUCGGGGAAACUCUCAGCACGAUGCCCUUGAGUUCCUCCUUUGGCUUUUGGACAGCGUUCAUGAAGAUGCUACUCUCAGCCCUAACAACAACAACACUAACAGCAGCAGCAAGACCAAAGCCAACGCUAAGGUACCCAGUUCAUUGGAGGAUCCUUCUAGUCCCAGUUUAGCCAGCACACAACAACCUCGAGAUCGACACAGUUUUGUCCAGGAACACUUCCAGGCUCAGUACAAGUCUUCUCUGACGUGCCCUCAUUGCCUUAAGCAGAGCAACACCUUCGACCCAUUUUUAUGUAUCUCCCUGCCUAUCCCCCUACGACAAACCAGGCCAAUGUGUGUGACGCUGGUGUUCAGUACGAAGGGCCAGAGGUACCUGCGGGUGGGGCUUGCUGUACCUCUUUUUGGUUCCCUGUCCUGUCUGAGGGCCAUGGUGGCAGAGGCGGGCAAAAUCUCCCCAGACCAGGUCAUCCUCUCUGAGUUGUACUCCACGGGUUUCCAGCGUUCCUUUUCGGAUGAUGAUGACCUGACAGCAAUUGCUGAUAGCGACGUCAUCUACGCUUUUCAGGCUCCUUCCCUCUAUAGUCGUGGAGGCUCCGUACCGCAUUCAGGGUAUCACCACAGCCUCCCCUCCUCCCCCUGCACCUCUGCGGCUGGACCCGAUGGUCAGAAGUUACCUCCAUCCGGCACCCUCUCCUCUGAAUACCUGAACCAGGGCGGCUCCACAAAGGUCCUCCUCGUCAUCUGCAACACAGCAGGAUCUGGCCAGCAGGCUGUCAGGUUUGGACCUCCAUUUCUCAUGCGUGAGGACAGGAGCAUCUCCUGGGACCAGCUUCAACAGAGCAUCCUCAGCAAGCUCUAUUAUCUGAUGCUGAAUGGAUCUCAGGCUCAGAAUGCUGGGGUGCUGUUCAAAAUCAGAGUAGUGGGAGGAUCGGCAGCCUACAGCUACCUGUCCCCAAAGGACAGCAGGCCACUGUACCACCCUGCAGUUGACAGAGCUCUGAAGUUCUGCGGCCCUGGGGGACCUCCUCACCUGAAGCUUGUCAUCGAGUGGGAGAACAAGACUAAAGAAUGUCUAUUUGGCAGCAUCCAAGAGGAGGUGGUCAAGGAUGCAGAGAGUGUGAGGAGCCAGCAGCAGCAGCAUCUGCAGCAGCAUAGCUGUACCUUGGACGAGUGCUUUCAGCUGUAUACCAAAGAAGAACAGCUUGCCCCAGAUGAUGCCUGGAAGUGCCCACACUGUAAGCAGCUUCAGCAGGGCAUGGUGAAGAUGAGCCUUUGGACUCUCCCUGACAUAUUGAUCCUCCAUCUCAAGCGCUUCCGACAGGUAGGCGAGCGGAGGAACAAGCUGUCAACCCUGGUGCGUUUCCCCUUGACUGGUUUGGACAUGGCCCCCCAUGUGGUAAAGAGGAGUCAGAGUAUGGGGAACCUGAACUCCGGGUCCUGGCCUCCGCCCUGGAAGAACGCUUCAGGCCAACACCACCAACCUGCUGACAUGAUCCUCCCCCACGACUAUCUGUAUGACCUCUACGCUGUGUGUAACCACCAUGGAGGAAUGCACGGUGGACAUUAUACUGCCUACUGUCGGAAUUCCGUGGACGGACAGUGGUAUAGCUACGAUGACAGCAGCGUAGACUUGGUGCCAGAGGAAGAAGUCUGCACCAGAGGAGCCUACAUUCUUUUCUACCAGAGACGCAACACCAUUCCUCCAUGGUCGGCCAAUUGCUCCGUCAGAGGAUCCACAAGUUCAUCAAUGUCAGACCACUGGCUAAUCCGGCUGACAGGGGAUAGUAAAAGAGGCAGUCUGGUCUCUCGAUCCUCCACCACCUGCCCAUCUUCAUUACCUGACUCGCCCGAGUCUCCGGUCUUCCUUGAAAAUGGUUCUAAAGUAGAAAGAGGGGGGUUUGAGAGCAGACCAUUUAUCAGGGGUCUUCAGGGACACAGCGUGAGCAUGAGAGCCCCCAGCAAGCCCAGGGACACCCUGAGCAAAGUGUUUCCCCUGCGCUGGUCCUUCGGUUCAAAGGACAUACGUAAACCUGAACAAGUGCCUCCAUCUGUUCAAGAUCCUUCCCCUGUGGAGCUGGUACAGUACUUGGAAUCUGGCCGACGGCCCCGGUGCACAAAGGAUCCAAUAGUAACGUUGAUGAGCGACCCACGCAUUACAAAGGCAGCUGCUGAGGGUCGGGCUUCAACCAAUGUCCGAUCUUCCAGUGUUGGGAGCUUACAUUUUAUGAAUAAGGCAGGGGAUGAGCUGCCACCUGAGUCUCCACAAGUCCCAGAGGGCCAGAGGAGGCCAUCAGAAAAGACAGCCAGCUUGAGACGCAGGAAGGGGAGCCAGACAAGAGAUGAGAGCACCACCAAUAUCAGCAGUAGCUCUAGCAGUAACACCCUCACCAGGAUAAAGGACACCAGGAACCAAAGCUCCUCCAAAGCUUCCCAGGAUACUACUGAGACAAAAAGGACUUCCAGUGCUGGAGUUCAGCCCAGCUACAGCACUCCUAGCCUUCAUGAUGGGACCCUGAGAAGACAAAAAGGGGACACAUGGUCUGAUAGGGAACCCUGUGGUGCAUAUGAAGGAAACUCUAAGACCAAGAAAGGAGAAGUGCCCAAGAGCCAUGAUGGACUGCUCUCCUUCUUUAAAGGUAACUUCCUGAAGAAGGAUAAGGACUCAAGGAAGUCCAAGGAAGGUGAGUCAGGGAAAGGAGGAGUUGAGGAAGGAGGCAGGAGGACUCACUCUAGGCUGUCACUGUCCAACGGAGCAGCAGGAGGAGGAACUGGGGUGGAAGGAGGCAGGUCUAACGGCUCUGGGCACAUGGGCAAUGAGCUGUCAAACGGGAAGGUGGGACUAACCACGGCGGAGAUCAAGCGCUCUCAGAGCUCCUCCAACAUCCCCACCAAAGCGGAGCAGAGCAUGCGUAGGACAGCAUCUUUGCAUCGUAACGGUAUGUCUACCGCCCCAGCACCACCACGCAGCCUGACAACAGACAAACCGUCUUACGGCACCCUGCAGAGGGCUCGUUACAGCACGACCUCGCUGGGACGCAAAAGGACAGUCCCAGAGUCCAGCUUCUGACACGCCGAUAUUCAACCCAUCCAUUCCACACACACACACAAAGCCUUUUAUAUGUCAUUAAGUGAAUGAUGUCCAAUCUCUGAGAUCAAAGCAAUAGAGCUCCAUUCACAGUGGUACACCUUUUUGAGAAUGAACUGUCUCAAGUGGCCUGCACCAUUGAGUUGAGAGACACGGAGUAAAGGAAGGAUCCUUCAACGCUGGGAUUUAAAGAGCAGAACGAAAUGAUAUCCAUCAAAUGUCAGAUGAGAGUCCAUUUUUAUUAAUUUUUUUUUAGUACUUCAAACAAGUGCCUGAGCAACUAAUAUGCAGUUUAGACCAAUGAGUUUGUCUGUUUAGCACUGGAUACAAGAAAUAUAUCACACACACACACACACAAGCAUAUUAUCCGCAUUUGUGUCUUAUUACUGUAGUGUGGGUAUUGGAAUUGAUCACUACAUUUUGAAUUCUCUUGUUUGUCACACUGAUUGUGUUCAUUUAUGAGAAUGUAAUGGGUCCACAUGAUUAAUGGUUGUGCUUUAAGGCUGCAGUUUAAAAUUAACAUCAAUUCUUUUAUCUUUAAUCUGUUCAGUGUUUAUUUAAAAUUCUUUACACAGAAAGCAGUUUUUUUAGCCACAGACAGAUUGCAACUUUUGUUUAUUCCAUGUUAACAAUUAUAAGGACAAGUUACACUUUGUCUACUGUGAAGUGUAAUAUUGCAAUAAUGCAAUAUCCACUCUUAGAAAAUGUUUUGCACCUUGUUAUAGAACAUCAAUUAACCAUAAUGAAUGUGUUUAUUUUCAAUAUGUUGUUUAUUUCAUUUAGUUUUAGUUUAGUUUUAGUUUAUGAUUUCCUGUGUCAUGGAAACCGUUUUUAGCUGUGGGAUAUGUGAUGAUGUGAUGCGUUGACCACAAUUAGCACAGCAAGUGAGUUCGGCUUUUUCUCAGAACGUGGCUGCAUCACCUGCUGUUCUAUUGAAGCUGUGUUUGUACGUAGCCGGUCUAAAAAUACUCAUUUCUCUCUGAUUGUGAAGGGUUUUCACAAGAAUCUGACAUUCAUUGAUGUUCAUUUUCUUGCAAAAUGUUUUUUUCAAGAAUUGCACCCUGACAUUGAUCACACUUGGCCAGUUAAUAGGAAAGAAAGAUACUCCAUACAACACCAAAAUGGAUGCUAAAAUGCAAGGUGUGUCAGUGUUUUAGGGUGGGGUCUUUCCUUUAAUUAUGCCUAGUCUGAAUAAUCUAUAUAUAGAAAUACUGUAUGUAUUUUCUUUGUAUGUAUGCAUUUACUGCUUGUUUUCUUUUAGCUAACACAAGCUAACUAGUACUAAUUAGCUGUCAACUGAGAAUUGUGCCAAGAAGAUCCUUUUAAGUGUCUACAUCCAUCCCUUGUUACAAAUGUAAUGUAACAAAAUGUACAGUCCAUUUGACACUAAGCUCCACCCACAGAGCUUAGUGUUGAUCUUAAUCUUCCAUACUAAAUAGAAAGAACUGAAAUGUUGCAGUUAUUUUGUGAAUCCGGCAUAAUGAAGGUUUUUCUCUGCACUUUGUCUUAGAGUUUGACGAUAAAUUAUGACAGUAUUUAUGUCCUGUGAGCGUUAGUUAUAAUCUGCAACAUUUAUUUUGGACUCUAUGGAGGCACAUGCAAGCACAUUUAAUUUAAUUUAUUUGAAUCUGUUUUUAUUUUUAAGUUACUACCUUUUUUCCCAAUAUGCAUUGGCUUCACAUCUACAUGGUUAGUUUUAACGUGUACGGUAUGUAAUACUUAGUGACCCUUCAUUAAUGAACAUUGAUGACUUCCUAUUCACUAGCCUUCUUCUAAUUCUGCACAAACUAUGACGGUAUAACAGGCUCGCUAGAUCUGCUCAUAUGCUGCAGCACUGAUAUUUCAAUGUUGUAUGUGCACAGAUAUUUCCCAUGAUGCCUUCUCAGGUUCUACACACGUAUGGCCCCUCAUUAAUAUUUGCACAGUGCUGAGAUUUCACUUGCACUUUACACAUAAGGGUAUCUCGUAAGUAAAUAGCACUACUGCUAAUGCUAAACUCAAUGGCAUAGCUGUUUUAAAAAGAUUCUGCCAUCUUGUGAAUAGUUUACUGACAGGGUUAUAAAUCUUACAUAUCUUUGUAUUUGAGUUGGGA